AUAAACCUCGAUAAAACCCUUGCUCGGGAGCAGCGGAUCCAGUUCUUAGUCGACGAACAAGCAUCCCAUACUCCGUCGGACGCCGUCCAGCGUUGUCAGCCCUGCGUGGUUGUUCUCGGGCAAGCAGUGAAGAAGAAGCAAAGGAAUUAUAUAUAUUAGAAAUGGCAGUCACAUUCGUUGAUGUCAACUCUGCUUCUGGGUUGAAAAAGCUUGACGAAUACCUUCUCACCCGCAGUUAUAUAACUGGGUAUCAAGCUUCAAAGGACGAUAUUACAGUAUACGCAGCCUUGUCAAAGGCCCCAUCAGCUGAAUAUGUGAACGCUUCCCGGUGGUACAAGCACAUUGAUGCUCUGUUGAGAAUGUCUGGUGUAUCUGGUAACGGAUCUGGAGUCAAAGUGGAGGGUUCUCUCCCCAUGGCAGGGGAGGCCAUUGCCACUCCUCCACCAGCUGACACAAAGGCUACAUCAGCUGAGGAUGAUGAUGAUGAUGAUGAUGAUGAUGUGGAUUUGUUUGGUGAAGAGACAGAAGAGGAGAAGAAGGCUGCUGAAGAACGGGCAGCUGCCGUGAAGGCAUCUUCAAAGAAGAAAGAAUCUGGGAAGUCAUCUGUUCUGUUGGAUGUGAAGCCUUGGGAUGACGAGACGGACAUGAAAAAGCUUGAAGAAGCAGUGAGAGGAGUUCAGAUGGAAGGAUUGCUUUGGGGUGCUUCCAAACUUGCCCCCGUUGGGUACGGUAUCAAGAAAAUGCAAAUUAUGCUUACUAUAGUGGAUGACCUGGUCUCGGUUGACAGCCUUAUUGAGGAACAUCUUAUGAACGAGCCAAUCAACGAAUAUGUCCAGAGCUGUGACAUUGUGGCCUUCAAUAAAAUAUAAUCUGGCAUUCCGUAGACUUGGACGGUCCUGCCAACGGCUGAGAUGUUUCUUGUGUUACUUCUGUAUCUUGAGAUGUUUCUUGUUUUUUUUUUUCCUCUCUAGAAGCCUCCCUGUUACUUUUGUCGUUUCCUAAAUUGUUGCUGCCGAUGAUUUUGCAUGUAUCGGGACCUGCUGCUUUUUGAAUAAUGUUAGCAUUCAGUCCUACAGUGUUGGGCAUGUGUUUUCCUUUAUUGUUGGGUUUACCAAAUUAUGGCACCCUUUUUUGGGUGAAAAUCUGUAGUUGCUUUUACAGAUCCUCUUAUUUGAGGAUUGGGUUUUAGAAUGAUGGCACCUGUUGAGAAAAUUUAUUCCUGAAUGUGUUUGCUGAUGAUACAGAGAUUUUA